UUAAGUAUUCAUGUUAUGUAAACAAAAAAAUGUUUCACGUCUGAUGUGUUCUUAUAUGGAAAGGCGUUUCCUUUUACGCAUAACUUACAACAUUCGGUUUUAGAUUAGCGAUAGAACUGACUCUGUCUAAUACUUUGAAAAUGCGCAAUCGGGUACUUGAAAUCUAAUAUAAAACUUACCCAUUUGAGUUGCGGAAGUACAUUACAUUUCAUAUUUUCCGUUAUUUUUAAGUAGAAAAAUUUUGCUUAUCGAUCAAAGAACAUAUAUUUAAUAUUUAUAAAUAAUCAUUUAUUGUGUAAGCUAUUAUCUCGUGUGCAUUUAAAAAUUGUGUAAACUAUCUGACAGUUUUUUAGCCAUGUCGAAACCACCAAACGAAAAUCUGACUACUUAUAAAUUAGUUGUUGUGGGUGAUGGAGGCGUCGGAAAAUCUGCAUUGACUAUUCAGUUUUUCCAAAAGCUGUUUGUUACAGAUUAUGAUCCUACCAUUGAAGAUUCUUAUAUCCAGCAUACUGAAGUAGAUGGGCAGUGGUGUGUUCUUGAUGUAUUAGAUACUGCUGGUCAAGAGGAGUUCAGUGCAAUGCGUGAACAGUACAUGCGCAAAGGUGAUGGAUUUUUGCUGGUGUAUUCUGUGACGGACAAGCAGAGUUUUGAAAACAUCCGCCAUUUCCAUACUCAGAUUCUUCGUGUCAAAGAUAGAGAUUCUUAUCCCAUGUUGCUAGUUGCUAACAAAGUUGACUUGGUGCAUUUGCGUAAAGUUACUGAAGAGCAGGGAAAAGAAUUAGCAGUCAGCUUAAAAAUUCCUUACAUUGAAACCAGUGCCAAAGAUCCUCCACUAAAUGUAGAUGCUGCAUUUCAUGAAGUUGUGAGAAUAAUCCGCAACCAACCUCCUUUAGCAGAUAAAAGGAGACGGCGCUUUUGGUUUAGAAGAGGCGGCCAUUGCACAAUUAUUUAAAAUAAAUGUGUGCUAACUUGCAGUGAUUUUUGAACAAGAAAAUGUAUUUGUAAUUGCAGAUUUAAAAUGCUUAAUGAAAAACAUUUAAAGAUGCUUGUAGUCAGUUACUAAUUUAUUUUCUAUAUUUUUAAUAUUAUUAAGCAAAUCUAAUAAUCUACUGAUGUGCACAAACAUUUUGCGCAACCAAAAAAUGUGCAAAAAUAGCUACUAGUCAAAAUGAUGAAUAUUUGUACUCAAAACAUUGUUUUCUGAAAAUUUAUCUUAUAUUCAUCAUAUGCAUUUAAGCUAAAAUUUAGAUUAUAAUUGUGUUUGGUACUUUCUGAUUGUCUGCAUUCCCAGUUUAGCAUUCAUCAGAACUGUUAAGAUUUUGGUAUAUUUUUGAGUUUAUGCAAGGCAAAACUCACAUGCACUUACUUGUGUUGCAGAUGAGAUUGAGUAAGACCAAAUUUUGUUGUAAUUCAGUAAAAAAAAAAAAAAAAAAAAAAAGUCUUUGAAUACAGGUUGAAAAUUGAA